AUGGCGACCAAUUCGGCCUCAGAUAUCGCAUCAUCUCUAAUCCACGACCCAACUUCCUCGAGCACCCUCCGAACCGGAGUCUUCGCCGCCCUUGCCGCAGUUGCAUGGUACAACUCCAUCGAACUAUUAGUCCUCUGCUUCGUCUCCUUUAAACGCUACCACGGCACCUACUUCUGGAGUCUCCUCAUCGCCUCCGCAAGCAUAAUCCCCCACUGCCUAGGCUUCGUCCUCCUCUUCUUCUCGACAGGCGUAACACCAUGGCUAUCCAUAACCCUGGUAAUAAUCAGCUGGUGGGGCAUGGUAACAGGCCAGUCGGUAGUCCUUUGGUCGCGACUGCACCUAGUCCUGCAGGACAACAGAGUCCUCUGGGGCGUCCUCUGGAUGAUAUGCAUCGACGCCGUCCUUUUCCACAUCCCAACAACAGUCGUUCUGUACGGCACAGUUGCAGACCCAGAAGGCAAAUUCGCACACGGAUACCGAAUCAUGGAACGAAUCCAGCUAGUCGGCUUCUGCAUCCAGGAAUUGAUCAUCUCAAGCAUCUACGUCUGGGAAACUAUCAAACUUCUCCGUCUCCGACCAGGUGGCCGGCCACAGGGUAUCCUCCUCCAACUCCUAGUCAUUAAUAUCAUCAUUCUAUGUUUGGACGUUAUCGUCGUCGCGAUCGAAUAUGUCGGUUACUAUGCCGUUCAGGUCAUGUUCAAACCAGUCGCAUACAGCAUCAAGUUAAAACUUGAAUAUGCGAUUCUGGGCAAACUAGUCGCUAUCGCGCGCGGCUCAUACGAUUCCCAGGAUCUACCAUCAAGCGCGCGCGAAAUCAACGAAGUCAGCUCGUUCCCGUCGUCAACGGAUCCAAUCUCCAAUGUUGAAUCCGGGAGGCAACGGCGCUCACACAGUGCGCCUUGGUUUUGGGAGGUCAGGAGGACGUCAUCGCCGCUUUCUGCUGAGGUUGCGCAGUCGCCGGGUGCCUUGACUUAUCCUUGA